CUGGAAAAUCUGGCCGCAAUGGUGGGUGUUGAGACCCUGGAUGCCUGGCUCUGAGUGUCCAGCUUAAUAUGCUAAACUACUUCCCUUCAGCCAUCCUGAACAACCCAGCUGAUGUCCACUAGUACUGGAAGCAGGAUGGGACUGCAGCAGAAUUAUUUAAACAAAGAAGAAUGCCAGGAGGAAUCAGAGGAUGCUGAAGAUAAUCCACUUUACCACUGCCAUAGCCACUCAACAGCCUAUGAGAGCAGAAAAAUAGAACAAUGUCAAGCCAAGCGAAAGCUCUAUGCAGCAUCAAUAAUUUGUCUCAUCUUCAUGAUUGCUGAAAUUAUAGGUGGACAAAUUUCAGGAAGUCUUGCUGUGAUAACUGAUGCAGCACACAUCUUGGUUGACUUGACAAGUUUCCUAAUUAGCCUUUGCUCACUGUGGUUAUCAUCUAAACCUUCCACUAAAAGGUUAACUUUUGGAUGGCACAGAGCAGAAAUUCUGGGUGCUUUGAUGUCGAUGCUAAUCAUUUGGGUGGUGACUGGCGUGUUGACAUAUUUGGCGACCAUGAGACUGCUGCAACCAAAUUAUGAGAUUGAAGCUACAGUGAUGCUCAUUACUUCUGGUUGUGCAGUGAUAGCCAAUGUCAUAUUAAGUCUGACUCUGCACCAGACCGGGCCUGGACAUAGUCACAGAGCACAAGCCAAUGAACAUAUAUCAGCUCUUCAACAGAAGCCAGCUUUGGCCAAUGCCAGUGUGAGGGCAGCUUUUGUACAUGCCAUUGGAGAUCUAUUUCAGAGCAUUAGUGUGCUAAUUAGUGCACUUAUAAUAUUCUUUAAGCCAGAAUACAAAAUAGCUGACCCAGUCUGCACAUUUGUGUUCUCUAUCUUUGUGCUGGCAACAACCAUCACCAUUUUAAGGGACAUUUUGCUUGUUUUGAUGGAAGGAACACCCAAAGGAUUUAAUUAUGAUGCAGUGAGAGAGAGAAUUCUAGCAGUCAACAAAGUGGAGUCUAUCCACAACCUUCAUCUCUGGUCUUUAACAAUGAAUCAAGUUAUUCUGUCUGCUCAUGUUGUCACAGAAGACACAGUGGACAAUCGCCAGAUCCUGAAAGAAGUUACUCAAGUUCUCUUUGACACUUACACCUUCCACUCGGUCACCAUUCAGAUUGAACCACAAGCAAAUCAGAAGCCCGACUGUGUCUUCUGUCAAGAUCCAAAGGAUUGAAGCAGCCAGUGCAUCUUGUUGACCUAUUAUUACACAUUUAACAGGUCAAAGGGCACUGUGCGCUGGUUGCACAUACUCAGCUAGGCAACAAACCAUAAUUAAUUGAACUGACAAGGUCUGUCACAGAGUGCAGUGUGCACUUUCACCAUUGUUCAUUGGUGCCAUUUACCAUGAAGAGAUGGAGCAUUAGGGACAUUUGUCAACAGGAUUAUAUGAGUCAAUGGUUACAUUCAAUUACGAGAACAUGUAUCUACAUUUUUCUCGACGAGAGACAACUGGCUGGAGUUAAAGUAAUAUUUAAGAGUAUCUCUUUGUAUUCACGGGUAACGAAAAAAAUAAUCAGCCUUCAAAUUAUCCACAGACUAAUUACCCCUAAAUGACAGGUUGAAAUCUGACUAAUGUCCUAGCAAAACUCACCACCACUGCUCAGGAUAAAGGAGAGACAGCAAGUGAACAUGAAGAAUAUUGAUAAAAAAGGAGAUCAGUGCAUAAUGGAUAUCCUGCGUGUUGUAUUCGAAGAAAAGUAAGAGAUAUAGCAUAUUCUGUAAUAGCCACAAAAUGACUCAUUCUGUACAUAU